GCGCGUAACCGGCUCUAGGGGCGCAUGAGCGAGGCUCGCAGCGGGCUGGAGGGAGGCGGGCACCGGGGAACCGCUCCGCCGGGGCGGGCAGGCAGCCAAGCACCGCUCCGGGCCCGGGCUCGGGCCCGCAGCCGCAGGACUGCCUCUGAAUUGCAGUCCAGAAAGAAGAAACAAUCGUGUUGAUUUAAGUUGAACAUUUGUGUCUAAGACUAAGAACAAAGCCAUGCCAGUGCUUUCGGAAGACUCAGGUUUACAUGAAACUUUGGCUCUUUUGACGUCUCAGCUAAGACCUGAUUCAAAUCAUAAAGAGGAAAUGGGAUUCCUUAAGGACGUCUUCAGUGAAAAGAGUCUCAGCUACCUGAUGAAGAUUCAUGAAAAACUCCGUCAUUAUGAAAGGCAGAGUCCAACUCCUGUUUUACAUAGUGCAGCGGGAUUAGUUGAAGAUGUAAUAGAAGAAUUGCAGACUGCACCAGUGAAUAACGAAGAAAAAGAGCUUCUUCAGCUGUUGUCAACACCACAUCUCAGGGCAAUGCUUGUAGUACAUGACACUGUAGCACAAAAGAACUUUGACCCAGUCCUUCCACCGCUUCCCGAUAACUUUGACGAUGAUUUUGAUGAAGAAUCAGUGAAAAUUGUUCGGCUAGUGAAAAAUAAAGAACCCUUGGGAGCUACCAUCAGAAGAGAUGAGCAUACAGGGGCUGUGAUUGUAGCAAGGAUCAUGAGAGGUGGUGCAGCUGAUCGCAGUGGUCUUGUCCAUGUUGGAGAUGAACUGAGAGAAGUCAAUGGUAUUGCUGUGCUUCACAAACGACCAGAAGAAAUAAGUCAGAUUUUGGCUCAGUCUCAGGGAUCAAUAACAUUAAAAAUAAUUCCAGCCGUCAAAGAAGAAGACCGUCUAAAAGACAGCAAGGUGUUUAUGAGGGCCCUUUUCUGCUAUAAUCCCAAAGAAGACAGAGCCAUCCCCUGCCAAGAGGCUGGUCUGCCGUUUAAGAGACGACACAUCCUAGAAGUUGUAAGCCAAGAUGAUCCUACGUGGUGGCAAGCAAAACGUGUUGGAGACACCAACCUCAGAGCAGGCUUGAUCCCCUCAAAGCAGUUCCAAGAAAGACGACUGACUUACAGAAGAACUAUAGGCACUCAGCAGAAUCCCAAAAUUGUGAAGAAGCCAUUAUAUGAUCAGUCUUCUGAUAAAGAGGACUGUGACUGUGAAGGAUAUUUCAAUGGACAUUACAUAGCUGGCUUACGCAGGAGCUUUAGAUUAAGUCGUAAAGAGAAGGAGAACAACCUGAAUGACACAAAGCAAGCAGAUCAGGCAGAUGCAGCAGAGUUCCUAACGUACGAAGAAGUCACAAAAUACCAGCAGCAGCCUGGCGAUCAACGGAGGCUAGUUGUUUUGAUUGGUUGCUUGGGGGCCAAAUUAAACGAGCUCAAGCAGAAGGUUGUGUCAGAGAACCCACAGGAGUAUGGUGUUGCAGUUCCACAUACAACCAGGUCAAAGAAAAGUCAUGAGAAGGAGGGGGUAGAAUACAAUUUUGUCUCUAAGCAAUCAUUUGAGACAGAUGUGCAGCAGAACAAAUUUGUGGAACAUGGAGAAUACAAAGAAAAUCUGUAUGGCACAAGUCUUGAGGCAAUCCGGUCUGUGAUGGCCAAAAAGAAGGUUUGUUUGGUGGAUGUGGUACCUGAAGCAGUGAAACACUUGAGGACUGCUGAAUUUAAGCCUUAUGUUAUCUUCGUGAAGCCUCUCAUUCCAGAAAAGAAAAAAAAAUGUCCUCAAUCUCCAGUGUCAGAAGAAAUCUCAACGCCCUUCGAUGAAGAACAGCAGGAAAUUAUUAAUUCAGCAGCAUUCAUUGAAGAGCACUAUGGCCAUUUGAUUGACACUAUACUGGUGAAAGAAGAUGUCCAGAGUGCAUGUAAUCAGCUUAAAACUGUGUUAGAGAAGCUAAACAAGGAUUCCUUUUGGGUGCCAGUCAACUGGGUUAGGUCAUAGCUUGCUAUCAUCUGUUUAAAGGAAAAAUUGUAUAAAAAGUAUCUUGUAAAUAUAUAUGGAUUAGAGAAGGGAAAUAUGUCAGAUUUGGUUCAAAACGGCUAUUCUAUCUAGAAAGUCAUACAUAAAGACUGUGGAAAAAAAUGAAAGUCAGAAGCUGACACUGCCUUCUUGAAUUGGAAUCCUGAGUAGCAGCUGUCAUUUAAAAGUGCGUACUCAGCCUAAACAGAUGAGUAAAAUGGACUGAAGUAACUUUUAGACUGUAAAUACUGCAUUUUGUAAGGUAAAAAUUCACGGAGGGUCCCAUGCUUCCAGAGCAUUUAAGCAUUGCCAGGUCAUUAACCAGCUGGAAGUUUCAGUCUUUGGUGAUGCUUUGUGUGGCAAGGUACAUCUGAACAAGGUACUUUUUCCAGGAACAAAUCUGCCUACAGAACAAGCUACUUCAGGUAGGUGGAAGGAAUAUUCUUUGGAGAGUGCUUAUACCCUGUCAGUUACUUAAAAGUUCAGCUGGCUUCCUUGCACUUAAGAUCACUGGUUGCAAAUCCUUUCCAAUCAGGCAAAAAACCUAGAUCACCUAUGUAAAUUGUAUAUGUGUUAGCGGCUGAGAAAUGGGGUGGUUUUGUUGUUGUGGGUUGUUUUGUUUGUUUGUUUGUUUUUAAGCCCAGCCUACACUUCCCAGUGCUUCUGGCUGUCUUGCAGAGUUAGUACUUAGUAUGCUCGUCCAUGGCUUAUGCCCAUUUUUCCCAAUCUCUUCCUAAUGACACAGGACAAAUGUUAAGCAACCUGUAAAUAUACCUUUGUGACUAAUCGAUCUCAUAAACCAGAGACAUUUCUUUAGUCUACAUUAAAAUUGCAUAACGAUGUAAAAUAGGACUUUAAGAAGCUUAUUUUCUACAAGGUAUCUUUGCAAAUGCCACCUACUUGGGUACCACAUGGACAGCAACAUAGCAGCUCUAAAAAGGCUGCUCAAAGGAGGAGGCCGAAGUACCAAGCAGGUGAGCUACAGCACUGAAUAAUUAUUCUUCCAGCACUUAUGAAUACCUUUGUUUGAAAUCAAGUAAAGGCUUCCAGAGCAUGUGGUUGUCAACAUCAAGUCCUAAGAGGAAAUCUUAACUGUUAGAGGGCUUUGCAGGUGUUUUAGGAGAUAGGAAUAUGAAACCUGUAUAGGUUUUUUUUAGGUGGGCAACACUAAGAAAACACAGCAAGAUUAUUCUGGAAGUGUCUAUACCUUUUAAUUAUUUGAUGAAUUUGUGGGUAUUGUGCAGGUGUGUGUUAGCUGAAACUUGUUCCUGUUUUCUACUGCCUAUUGAGUUCUGAUCUUUCCUAUGUACUGUGCCCUUUAACACCACCUUCUGGUGCACCAGUCUUAUUCUUUUAAUCUUAACAGUAUGAUGUUAUUCUUGUUUCAGUGCAAUCAGCAAAAUUAACAACAUUGCUUAUUAAAAACACAUUUCUUACA